AUGGGGCAGAGUCCUAGCUCUUUACGGAGUAAAGGCAGCCGGAAGUCCUUUCGGGGCUUUGUGCGGCGGUCCAAACUCAAUAAGUCUAGUUUAAGUCACACUUUUAAUUUGCCACCGUCCGAGGAGUAUCCUGAGUUGAUGAACAUCAAUACAGCGACUGAGGAGCAACUCAUGACCCUACCAGGUGUUAGCAGACAGCUGGCAAGAGAAAUUGUUCGUCAUCGACAGAUGAUAGGACGCUUCAAACGAGUCGACGACCUUGCCUUGGUAUCAGGUAUAGGAGCUGAAAAACUAGAAUUGCUAAGGCCAGAGAUAUGUACAAACAUCAAGAGACAAGUGUCUAGAGCCAGUUCCUGUACACACUCUCUGGACAGCUUCAGAUUGUCAAUGGAAACUAAGCUGUGUUCCGUUAAUUCAUCAAGUGUGUUCCAAUUGCAGUGUGUCCCAGGGCUGAACCAGGAGAUAGCUGCAAACAUUGUAGAUUACAGAAAUAAAAAGGGCCCAUUUACGUCUUUAGAUGACUUAAUAAAAGUCAAGGGUAUUGAUAAAGUGAGACUCAGCACUGUGAAACCUCAAUUGAGCUUAGAACUGAGGAAAAGUGAAAGUGAGCAACAUAUACCAAAUGGACAUAUGAAUGGAUGGAUAACAAAUACGUCAUUGAAUGGAUCAUUAUUGAGUAGUGAAUUGAAAACAGUGUCACCGAGUAGAAAAAGCUUUUCAAUGCCCCCAAAAUUUCCGCUAACCCUACCAAAUGGGUUUGCAGCAGCACCAGUAAACGAUAUACUAGAUUUGCUAUCAGCAUAUUCGCAUAGGCCAGUGGUACGUGAAGAAUUUACAUAUGAACGGGAUGGUGUGAGAUGCUGUCGGUUAGCAUCCUGGCAUAUUCACCAGUUGACAAUAGAAAAAGUCAUUAAUCCUGGUGUUAGAGAAGUUGUAUGUCGGACAAUAUUGGAGAAUAAGUUGUCAGUUAUAGCAUUACAAGAUGUGAUAGAAGUGGAGGCUGUAAAAAUGAUAUGUGAGGAGCUGAAUGCACCGACAAUACGCAGAGUGAGAGAGUGGAGGCUGAAUAGCCAGAAUUGGGAAUAUUGUAUACCGCAGAAGAGUAGUUGCCGAUCCCUAUGCUUCAUCUACGAGAACAGCAACGGCAACAAUAGGAGUGUCACGAUAGAGGACGUCGCCACCGACCAACUGCAUCUGGUGGUCGACUGCGCGGAGGUGAAGCGACUCGUCGAACAGCUGGAAGAGUUGAGGAGCGAGCGGUUCGACAGCUGCACGCAAGCGUUCCUAAUAUGUGGCCGGCCUAUAAUAUUGGUGAACGUGCUCUGCAAGGAAGCGUUUAACGAGGAAGAUUGUAGUCGACUGCGCCAGGUCGUGGACACAUCGGUAGCUGCGAAAGUACAGUUGGCGAUCAUGGGCGAUUUUUAUUUAUGGGAUAAUGUGCAAUCGUUAAAAAACUGCGAAUCACUGCUAGACGAAAAUGUCAAAACGACAGUCGACGCGAAAACAGUGGGGAAAAGCUCUGUUCUCUGUCCCGCCACCGUAGACAAGAGCAACUUUAACGGUCAUUCAGGUACCAUAAAAUCCGGUCUCUGCCAUCUCGCAAUACCACGCGGCUGGUCCUGGGGCGGCCCUGCGUCCCCGUUCUGUCCGAUUUGGACCGAAAUCAACGUGCCCGAUUGA